ACGUGUCCGGAAUCUGAACUGAGCCUCCUCUCUCUUCUUUCUGCUUUCCUUGCAGACCUCUCGGCCGCAGCUGUCCACACAGGAUGCCUCGAAUUUGCUGGAAGCCGUCCCUCGAGAGCGCAGCCGCUGCUUCUUUAGGGCGGCACUAGGGAUUUCGUUCAGUGCAUUGAAGGGGUUUUUGUUGUUCUUGCUGCCACUGCUGGUGCACUCAUUUAUUUAUUUUCUUUCUUUGCACCGGGACUCGCCCUGCUCCCACUGGCAUGAUGGCCCAGUCGAAGGCCAACGGCUCCCACUAUGCGCUGACCGCCAUCGGCCUGGGGAUGCUGGUUCUUGGGGUCAUUAUGGCCAUGUGGAACCUGGUGCCCGGGUUCAGCGCCCACGAAAAGCCGACAGCUCAGGGGAACAACAAGACAGAGAUAGGCAGCGGCAUUCUCAAGAGCAAGACCUUCUCCGUGGCCUACGUGCUGGUCGGGGCUGGGGUGAUGCUGCUUCUGCUCUCCAUCUGCCUGAGCAUCCGGGACAAGAGGAAGCAGCGGCAAAGCGAGGAGAUGGCCCACAUCCAGCACCAGCCGGGGGUUGAGCCGCACGGCCCGGAGGAAGACAGCCAGGAGGAGGAGGAAGAGGCCUCCUCCAGGUACUAUGUCCCCAGUUACGAGGAAGUGAUGAACACAAACUACUCAGAAGCGAGGGAGCUGGACCAGAACCCGAGGAUGAGCAUCUCUCUCCCGACCUAUGAGUCCUUGACGGGGCUUGACGAGACGAGCCCCACAGCUGCCAGGGCCAACGUGGAGAGCAGCCCGGGGAAUCCACCCGACAGGCAGAACUCCAAGUUGGCCAAACGCCUGAAGCCACUCAAAGUUCGAAGGAUUAAAUCCGAAAAGCUUCACCUCAAAGACUUCAGGAUCAGCCUCCCAGACAAAAACGUCCCUCCUCCCUCCAUCGAGCCUUUGACCCCCCCACCACAGUACGACGAAGUCCAGCAGAAGGCUGCUGACGCCCGGCCACCUGACUGACGGCCCCGCUCAGGUGUGUCCCUCCGGUCGCUCACCCUCCACACCACGGACCCCCAGUGAAGCCACUUCAGCUGCAAUUGAGGAGUGGAGGGGGCAGAUGCAUACAGAUUGAUGUGGAUGGGGGCGAGGGAGGGGGGCGUGGGGAGUCCAGUGACUAGGGACUGACUGACAUCCACAGAACCUCAUGUGGCAGUGCAUCGGGAAGAGCUGCUGCCUCGGAUCUCGGGGUAUGGACCCCGUCACGGUCCUCACAGGGUACGCACCUUCCCCAUCGUUUUUCCCCAACUCUGAGUUGUUGGCGACAACACCUCUCUUUCCAAUCAGGAGAGGAUGCCUAGCAGCUGGUUUAGGUUGUGAUUUUUGUUUUGCUUCCACUAGGACUGUUUUGUUUCAAAAAGAAAACAAGAUAUGCCUUUGCUUUCUUCACUGGAGUCCUGAGCUGUGGGUAGGAGAUGUGACUCAGCUUUCUAGAAAGGACGCGGGGCCAUUUCAGGAAUGAAGCGAAACAAGAGGCUGAUCGAUGAUGUGGGGGUGAGGCUCAGCUGGGGCUCUCUCAGAGCCCCUGAAGCUGUUGGCUCUCGGGGGGCCCAAGGCCCAGUGAUGCAUAAGAUCAGAG